AUGGUUUCCAGGUUGGCGGCAGCGCAGGAGGCGGCGGGCGCGCAGGCUCGCGCGGCGUCAGCUGAUACCAUGGGCGGCGCGCACCAGCCCGCUACUCCAGGGCCCAGCUCGCUCUUUAUAUUCUCCGACGAAAAUCCUAUCCGGAGGUAUACAAAGUUCAUUAUCGAGUGGCCGCCCUUCGAGUACGCGGUGCUGCUUACCAUCAUCGCCAACUGCGUGGUGCUGGCGCUGGAGGAGCAUCUGCCCAACGGCGAUAAGACCAUCUUAGCACAGAAUCUGGAAAAGACCGAGGCGUACUUUUUAGGAAUAUUUUGUGUAGAAGCCUCGUUAAAAAUCUUAGCCUUAGGUUUUGUUUUACACAGGGGUUCUUAUCUUAGAAACAUUUGGAACAUCAUGGAUUUUUUCGUUGUAGUAACUGGGUCGAUGACGAUUUUCGCCGAAUACAACGUGGACGUUGACCUGCGGAUGCUGCGCUCGUUCAGAGUGCUCCGCCCUCUCAAGCUCGUCUCGCGGAUACCAAGUAAUUCACAUAUCAUCACGCAGCUGCCAAUCGCGCCCGCCGAAGUCGACUUCAGGACCUUGCGUGCCAUUAGGGUGCUGAGGCCCCUUAAAUUAGUAUCGGGCGUUCCUAGUUUACAAGUGGUAUUGAAGUCGAUCAUCAAGGCGAUGGCUCCAUUGCUACAGAUCGGCCUCUUGGUGCUUUUUGCAAUCGUCAUAUUCGCUAUCAUAGGCCUCGAGUUUUAUUCUGGGGCGCUACAUAAGACUUGUUAUAGCUUAGAAGAUAUAACUGAAAUAGUAAACGAUGGCGAAUCUCCAACACCAUGCAAUGCCGACAACGAAACGCUCGCACCUUAUGGAGCAUACGUUUGCGCUUACGACAAGAGCACGUGCCUGGAGAAGUGGGAGGGCCCAAACAGAGGCAUCACCUCUUUCGAUAACAUCGGCUUCGCCAUGCUCACCGUCUUCCAGUGCAUCACAAUGGAGGGCUGGACCGCCAUCCUCUAUUGGACAAAUGACGCGUUAGGUAGUACAUUCAACUGGAUUUACUUUGUGCCUCUCAUAGUAUUGGGUUCAUUCUUUAUGCUCAACUUAGUUCUUGGUGUUCUUAGCGGUGAAUUCGCUAAAGAAAGAGAGAAAGUAGAAAAUAGACAAGAAUUUCUUAAAAUAAGGAGACAACAGUUACUAGAGAGAGAACUCAAUGGUUACGUUGAGUGGAUUUGUAAAGCCGAGGAAGUUAUAUUAGCAGAAGAAAGGACGACAGAAGAAGAGAGAAUGCACAUAAUAGAAGCUCGAAGAAGAGCAGCAGCAAAGAAAAAGUUAAAAAACUUAGGCAAAAGUAAAAGCACAGACACCGAAGAAGAGGAACAGGACGAAGAUUGCGGGGAUGACGGUUUUUUGAAAAGCAAAACCCGCUCCGUUGGUAAAUGUGCGGACUUCUGGCGAGCGGAAAAGAGAUUUCGUUUCUGGAUCAGGCACACAGUAAAGACGCAGUGGUUUUAUUGGUUCGUCAUCGUGCUGGUGCUCUUCAACACUAUAUGCGUAGCCGUUGAGCAUUAUAGGCAACCUAAGUGGCUUACUUCAUUUUUAUACUAUGCAGAAUUUGUGUUCUUGGGGUUAUUCAUGAUGGAGAUGUGGGUCAAAAUGUAUGCCCUCGGACCGCGUAUUUACUUCGAGUCUUCGUUCAACCGCUUCGACUGUGUCGUCAUAUCUGGCUCCAUUUUCGAAGUGGUGUGGUCAGAAGUAAAAGGCGGCUCUUUCGGUCUCUCAGUCCUUAGGGCUUUGAGACUGUUGAGGAUAUUUAAGGUUACAAAAUAUUGGUCAUCGCUGCGCAAUCUUGUGAUAUCUCUUCUGAACUCAAUGAGAUCUAUUAUCUCGUUGUUGUUCCUUCUAUUCUUGUUCAUUCUUAUCUUUGCUCUACUUGGAAUGCAAUUGUUCGGCGGUCAGUUUAAUUUUGAGGAGGGAACACCUCCGACCAAUUUCAAUACAUUUCCAAUCGCGCUGCUUACUGUCUUCCAGAUUUUAACAGGUGAAGAUUGGAACGAAGUUAUGUAUGAUGGUAUACAAUCUCAGGGCGGUAUACAGAGAGGCAUGAUCUACUCGCUAUAUUUUGUCAUUCUUGUGCUGUUUGGAAACUAUACCCUUCUGAACGUGUUUCUUGCCAUCGCCGUAGAUAAUUUGGCAAACGCUCAGGAAUUAACAGCAGCUGAGGAAGAACAAGUCGAAGAAGACAAACAAGCAAAUAAAAAGAAAGAAGAGGCCAAAAAAGAUGAAGAGGAGAUACCAGAUGGACCAAAACCAAUGCUGCCAUAUUCGUCCAUGUUUAUUUUGUCACCUACUAAUCCCAUUAGACGAGGCGCACACUGGAUUGUAAAUUUAAGAUAUUUUGAUUUUUUUAUCAUGGUAGUAAUUUGUAUGAGUUCUGUGGCGUUAGCAGCAGAAGACCCCGUAGUCGAGGAAAGUAAUAGGAAUAAAGUGUUAAAUUACUUCGACUACGCGUUCACGGGGGUGUUCACUGUGGAGAUGCUGCUGAAGAUUGUCGAUCUCGGCAUCUUGUUCCAUCCGGGCGCGUACUUACGCGAUCUCUGGAACAUCAUGGACGCCGCGGUCGUCAUUUGCGCCCUUGUCAGCUUCGGUUUUGAGAUCGGAGGUGUAAAGAAAGGCGCGGGACAGAAUCUAUCCACAAUAAAAUCGUUACGAGUGUUAAGAGUGCUCAGACCUUUAAAAACUAUUAAACGUGUUCCAAAGUUAAAAGCAGUGUUUGACUGUGUUGUGAACUCUUUAAAAAAUGUCAUAAACAUUCUCAUAGUGUACAUAUUGUUUCAAUUCAUAUUCGCUGUAAUUGCAGUUCAACUUUUUAAUGGUAAAUUUUUUUACUGCAACGAUAUCAGUAAGAAUACUUUUGAAGACUGCCAAGGAUCAUAUUUCAUUUACGAACCAAACAGUCUAUUACCGCGAGUGAACAAACGACAGUGGACGACUCAGUCUUUCCACUACGACAACGUGGCUUCCGCCAUGCUCACACUUUUCGCGGUGCAGACGGGAGAAGGCUGGCCACAAGUGUUACAAAACUCAAUGGCCGCCACGUACGAAGAUAGGGGGCCGAUACAAAAUUUUCGAAUAGAAAUGUCUAUAUUUUAUAUAGUUUACUUCGUGGUGUUUCCUUUCUUCUUUGUUAACAUAUUCGUAGCUUUAAUUAUUAUUACAUUUCAAGAGCAGGGUGAAGCUGAGUUACAAGAUGGUGAAAUUGAUAAGAAUCAGAAAUCGUGUAUAGACUUCACGAUAGAAGCGCGACCUCUAGAGAGGUAUAUGCCUAGUAAAAGGGGAAGCCUUAAGUACAAAGUUUGGAGAAUAGUAGUCUCGACGCCCUUUGAGUACUUCAUCAUGGCGCUUAUUGUGCUAAAUACAUUGUUGCUUAUGAUGAAGUACUAUAAUCAAAAUGACCUCUACGCGGAUAUCCUCAAGUAUUCAAAUAUGGGGUUUACUGGAAUGUUUUCUGUGGAAACGGUGUUGAAAAUCAUCGCUUAUGGUGUCAAAUUUCACGAGGCUCCGCCACUACUCAUGGACGUCUUUACAGUCAUGAACAUAGUAUUUACGUUCUUCUUUCUACUCGAGACCGUUUUGAAGUUAAUUGCCUUCGGAUGUACGAACUUUUUCAAAGACCCUUGGAAUACGUUCGAUUUUAUAACGGUCAUUGGAAGUAUUAUUGACGCCCUAAUCAUGGAAUUUGGCAACGACCUUGCUGAAAACUGUGCUGACAUAUCCUGUCAGCAGGAAAACACUUUCAACGUAGGUUUCCUUCGCCUGUUUCGAGCCGCGCGACUGAUCAAGCUGCUUCGACAGGGUUACACCAUACGAAUACUUCUCUGGACAUUCGUGCAGAGUUUUAAAGCCUUACCCUAUGUGUGCCUUCUCAUCGCGAUGCUAUUCUUCAUCUACGCCAUUAUAGGGAUGCAGGUGUUUGGCAAUAUAGAAUUAGCAGCAGAAUCUGAUAUGAACAGACACAACAACUUUCGCAGCUUUAUUCAAGCAUUAAUGUUGUUAUUUAGGUGUGCCACGGGAGAAUCAUGGCCAAAUAUUAUGUUAGCUUGUCUAAAGCCGGCCAAAUGCGACAGGGAAGCGGACAAACCCGCAAAUGAAUUCUGCGGUAGCACUCUUGCAUAUGCGUAUUUCGUUUCUUUCAUUUUUUUCUGUUCUUUCCUCAUGUUAAACUUAUUCGUUGCUGUUAUCAUGGAUAAUUUUGACUAUUUAACGAGAGACUCGUCCAUUCUCGGAGCACAUCAUUUAGACGAAUUUGUUAGAAUAUGGGCUGAAUAUGAUCCAAACGCAACAGGGAAAAUCCAUUACACGGAAAUGUAUGAUAUGUUAAAAAAUAUGGAUCCGCCUUUAGGUUUUGGAAACAAAUGUCCAAAUAGACUAGCAUACAAGAAACUAAUUAGAAUGAAUAUGCCGUUAGAUGAAGAGGGAAAAGUUAAUUUCACAACAACACUAUUUGCGUUAAUCAGGGAAAACCUCAGCAUCAAAAUGAGAUCUGCUGAAGAAAUGGACCAAGCUGAUGAAGAAUUGAGGGAAACGAUAACCCACAUUUGGCCACUUCAAGCUAAGAAGAUGCUAGAUUUGCUGGUGCCUCGUAAAGAUGUUCUCAAUGCAGGAAAAUUAACGGUUGGAAAAAUCUACGCAGGACUUCUAAUCCUUGAGAGUUGGAGAUCGACUAGGUUUGGCAAGAACAAACCAGAGGGCGUUCCGGCAUUCAGCGAGAAUAGCCCUACGGCCAAUCAGCCGAAGGCGUCCUUCUUUAACUGCCUGCUGGAUGCUGCGGCGGCCGGGCUGGGCCAGGGCUCGCGUACUGGUUCUUUAAGUCACGAGACUCCCGGAAUACCUGCUGACGGCCACCCUGAAGAUCACGGCUUAGCCAACCUAGCUAAACGUUCCUCAAGAAGAUCUUUCAAGAACAAUAAAAAGGUCCUGGAGUUGCAAGAUGUGGGAUCGCACCAUGCAUCCAUGGAAUCAUUAGACGAGGCGAGGUUACAGCCUCCUCAUGCUUACCAAAAUGGACACCAUGGCAGAUCAUCUAGUUUAAGACGAUCUCCGAGUCCAAGACGAAGAGGAAAUUACGGAGGCUAUCAUCACGAAAUUGGCUUCUCCGACACAGUUAAUAAUGUCGUCGAGAUAGUUAAGCAUGAGCAUCAAAGACAUGGUCGAACGCAUAGAGCGCCACACCACUACCACCCACAUGGGAAGGAGUGGAGGGCGCCGUAUCCCACGACCAGCCUGAGCCAGCCCUCGCGAUCGCCCAGCCCGCCACACCACACCUACGUUUGGGCGUCUAUAGGUGGAGACCGUGAACGCGAAAGAGAGCGCGAAUGGCGGGAGUGGCGCGAGCGGUCGUGGGAGAGAGAUGGAGGCAGGCGCGGUCGCGGCCGACAGCUCCCCCCGACGCCUACUAAGCCGUCCACGUUACAUGUUAAACAGCAACCACCAUUCAACAGAAUCAGCCACAGCCCCUCGCACUUAUCAUUGAGGCACACAACUCGAGAACCACUAGAGCCUCUACACGACGAGUACGAGUACGGUCGAGAAGUUGAAAGACUGAUACACAGAGAUUAUAGAUCUAGGGAAAGUCUCAAUGAAAGAGGACGUGAGUUCGGCAGGCGCGGAUGGGGCUACGAGUCGGACCGCGGCGGGCGCUCGUACGAGGCGCCGUUGAGCUACGAGGCGGCGCUAGCGCUGGGGCGCGGCGGCGGGGGAGCGCGCGCGCUGCCGUCGCCUGCCGCGGCGCCGCGGCUGCCCAACGGGUACAAGCCGCGCGCGCGCCACUCUGACUCCGACGAGGACGACUGGUGCUAG